AUGCGCCAGCGUGCGGUACACUUUCGAGUUUCUCAUCCGAUUUGUACGGUUCGCAAUCGCAUUCGCAUAAAUCGGCCGGUUGUAGUGGCUUUCAGUGGCUAAGUUGCUUUGUGUGUCAGUGUCGCGUUUGGUAAUUUUUUACUUUUGUUUUUGCUUUUUGGCUAAGCGUAUUUCAUUGCAGCUGGUUACACGCGUUUUAGUUAUAGAAUAUACAUACACACUUACAAACAUCCAGCUAAUAAAAACUUGCCACAGGUGUCACAUGCAGUGCUGCAGGAUUUUCUUCAGUGUGCAAAUUGAGCAAACAGUGAGUUGCAUUCAUCUCUAGCCUUUUCAAAUUGUCUUCGCCAUGAAGCCGAUCAGCUAUCAGUAUAGUCUAGCCAGUGCUCGCGCCAUUAAAGUCAACUAACCAACCAACCAUCCCGGUGAAACGUAUGACAGCUGUGUACUCCACAAUUCUAUUGAUUUCUCAACAUUCACAGCUCGCUUCGUACAAUAUAAAGUAAAAGUGAAAUUUUCAAUAAAAUUAGUGGUGCAUAAAAAAUCAAAAAUGGCUAAAUAAAUAAUUGAAUGAUUCAAAAUGUGUUGUGUGGGUAAAAAGAAGUGUUUACUAUUGUGAAAAUAAAGAAGAGUUAACAACUAUAGAAAAAGCAAACACAUAACCUAAAACGCCAAAGCGCCUUAAGAAAUGUUAAUUGCGAUUUCCAUAAUAAAUUGUGAAUAUUCGUGCACAUCUUCAAUUAAAAUUACCAAUACACCUGGCCAAUACAACUAUAGGCAAUAAUAUUUUCAUAAAAGCAAAUAAUAACCAAACAAAGUAGUAAAAAUUUCACUGUGGAAAAGUGCAAUUUUUCGAUUUCUUUUAACGAAAACAAAAAGAAGCAAUUAAGUGACAAACAAAAGUUUUCAAUUUGCAACUGGCCACCUACUGCUACUUGCAACAUGCUGUGCAGCAACCAUAAAGCGUAAAACUAAGAAAGUGCGCAACACACACACCUAAAAACACUCACACAUAUACACGUCUAUACAUAUGCACACGUCUACGAGUAUUUUUGUGCAAUUCGCAUAACAAUAAUUAAGUCUAACAACUAACCGGAGAGAUAAGAAAAAGUACGAAUAGUUAAUAAAAAAAUUUCUGCAAAAAAUGCGAGUCAAAAUAUAAAAAUAUAUUUGUUUUGGAAAAUUGCAAAAACGUCAUCAACCGCGCAGAGCAAAAUGCAUUAAUUGUGCCACCAUGUUUAAAGUAGAUGGCGGUGCAGCAUAGGCAACAGCAAAUAAUACAAAAACAAAAAGAGAUUCCACGAAAAACAACACUGCCUAUGUCCGGACGCAAUAAUUCGCAACGCUACUUCAUCGCGUUCGUCAACAACGCUGUCAAGCUCUGGUGAUUAGUGCAACUUUUUGUCACCUACAUACAUUGUACAUCGUGUCCGUGUAUGUGCUUUCGUGUGCAUUGUUGUAAGUGGGCACGCGUGCCUUUCACUUCAUUUGUGUUAGUGCUACACACAUACAUACGUUGCACUUUUCUAUGUUGCAUGCCGCUUUGGUGUCACACUAAUUACCUUUGUUGUUGCGCAUAGCAUUCUACAAAAAUUUCGUGAAAAAAAGUUCAACGAGUUGCCGCUACCAUCGCCACGCCACGAUUGCUUGAAGUGCAUUGUACACCGCAAAGUUUCUUUUGGAUUUGAGCUCGCCACGGCACUAAUGCGUGUAAUACCGGCCGAGAUAAGAAUUCUAAUAUUUGUGCAACAUGUGGAAUAGUAGUAAAUGUCAUAGUCGAAGAUGGCUAGUCACGGACACAAGGCAAUCGGACAUAGGAAGCAGCGAAGACAGGCACACGCUGUCCAUGCGGGCGGAGAAGCAGUCACAGUCAUCACAGUCAACAGCGACGUCAGCGCUGCAACAACAGCAGCACACUAAACGCAAAUGCCGGCAAUUAUGCAACCACACCAAUAUGGUGCAUAGUACAGUGAAGGGGCAACAUCAGCCACAGUUGCUACACUUGCCAAUCAGUGUUCUCACAUCAGAUACAACAGCAUCGAAGUGUAGGCGGCGAUGGCGACGGCCGCGGCCACAUUCGAGAAUGGCUACUAUGAUGCAGUUCGUGACGCUGUGGUUCUCAUCCAUUUCCUCACUAGCGCCGCUGAAGCGCACACGAGUCAACGCUUGCCUUAACCAAAUAAUAGAAGUAUUACUAGCCUUACUAUUAGCCAAUUGCCUUAUGCAGCUGUUAGGACAAUUGCCCGUAGCUACGGCCGCAUUCGGAGCGCCACUGGCGGGCGACACGCUCGCGGAUGCGUAUAAUUUUUACACGAGUAGCAGAAGUCGGCAAGGUGCCGAUGGUAGUGCCUUCGAUGAUGGCGUUUAUAGCAACUAUCGCCAACCGCACAGUAUAGGUGGUAAUGUGGCGUAUGCAUUCAAUGCAUUGCAACUACCAUCGGCUGCUACGCUGGCGGCAGCAUCAGCUUACAGUCUACCCGAUGGCGGUGAUGCGUUGUCGGUGAAUCAAUUGCAACGCAGUCAAAAUUACAAAAUCAGUCAGAAGCCCUGCUCGAUUGGACGCAUCGAAGGCACCUGUAUGUUCGUGUGGGAGUGCAUCAAGUCCGAGGGCCGACAUGUGGGCAUGUGCGUGGACUCGUUUAUGUUCGGCUCGUGUUGUGCACACAAUUACACAGAUAAUAUUGUAAUGCCGCAAACGUUCUCUUAUACGCGGCCCACAAAACCGCUCGGUAUUGGCGGUCUGAAUCAUAGACCACGACCGCCGCAUCAGCCCCACAAGCCGAGCAUUAGUGGCAUGACUACCAUCGAACGACCGCACGGCGCUGGAACGCUGGUCAUACGCCCCUCUGGGCCGCAUCAUCAGGGUGCGUUGCAUAAGCCACAAUAUACGAAACCCUCCUCGUUAAGCAGCACGACAUCGUUCUCGACGUCUCCCUCAACAACGAGCAAAACAACAACAACCACUUCAACGGAGAACACUAAUGCGCACUGGACUUCGAACGCAGUCCUGUUGGACAUGCAGUCGGCAGCGGCUACGUCCACGGUAACAGCGUCCAAUCUCUGGCAUACAUCACCCCAACUGACAGCCGCAACGCAACACCAUUGGCACAUAACGACUGAGCCGAAUUUUAUUACCAAACCACGGCCGCCCAGCUGGGAGAAACCGACCGGUAUGCGUCCCUCGAAGCCAUCAAAACCAACAAAGAAGCCUAUCUUGCCGCAGCCACAAUUGCCCAGCUUCCAAUUGACGCAGCAACAGCAGCAGCACACAUCGCCGGUUAUUGUGUUCACGACGCGAAGGCCAAUGCCGUCGACGUCAACGCAGUCAGCGUCUACUAAACCAUCCUCCUUGCCUCCUGCAUCAUCCCCGAACACCGCGUCAACAACACCAAUAUCGGCGUUGUCGUUGACGCGACCAAAGCCACCGUUCACCUCCGCUUCCGCAGCCUCCACUUCAUCCUCGGCAGGCAUCAAUUCGCAGCAGCAACAGCACCAACACCACCAGCAUCAACAAUAUCCACAAUAUCAGCCGCCGCCUAUGUAUGCGAAGCCACCAACGAAAGUGCCUGCCACAACACUGGCGAGCACCGCCGGCAUUGGCAGCGCUACAUCAACUACUACAACGACAACAACAACAACAACUACAAUGCGUAUACCGUAUAGUACGACGGUGAAAACGACAACGCGUCCUUACACGCGCCCAACCACGCCCAGCUGGGUCAUUAGCGAAAGUGGUGUGCUCAGCAGCAGCAGCAGCAGCAGCAGCAGCGGCAGCAAUAGUGGCAGCGGUGGUGGCGACGCAAUUUAUCCAUUGCAAUCUACCACAAAGAAGCCAACAACAACAACCAUAAUGACUACAACAACGCAAAAGAAUAGACCAACUUCAGCGGCUACAACAUCAUCCACAUCAUCAUCGUCAGCGCCAUCAAGCUCAUCCGAGUCUUCUUCCACAUCAUCCGCAUCAACAUCGCACAGUGGCUCCACGACGAUGCCCAUCCGGCCUACGUAUCGCCCCACAUGGUCCACAGCAUCAACAGUGGCGCCCACGCGUCCAAGUUCUUCCACAUCAGCAACAACUUCAUCAUCAUCAUCAUCAUCAUCACCCUCAUCCACUUAUGUCACCACAUCGCAUUAUAUGCCUCCUUAUGGACAUUACCCACACCCGCAGCAAUCACAUCAACAACAACAACUACAUCAUACAUUGUCGCCACACAAUCUUACGACGAUCGAAUCGAAUGAGAUCUCCGAUAGUUUGACAGAUAAUAGCACCACUCUCAAAAUCAUCACUGCGGCACGUAGCGAAUGUGGCAUACCGGUGUUGGCGCGUCCGGAGACGCGUAUCGUGGGAGGUAAGAGUGCGGCGUUCGGCCGUUGGCCGUGGCAAGUGUCGGUGCGUCGCACUACGUUUUUCGGUUUCUCGAGUACGCAUCGUUGUGGGGGCGCGCUGAUCAAUGAGAACUGGAUCGCUACAGCGGGGCACUGUGUCGAUGAUCUCCUCAUCUCUCAAAUGCGGAUACGCGUCGGUGAAUAUGAUUUCUCACACGUGCAAGAGCAGUUGCCCUAUAUCGAACGGGGUGUGGCCAAAAAGGUCGUACAUCCCAAAUAUAAUUUCUUCACCUACGAAUAUGAUUUGGCGUUGGUAAAAUUGGAACAACCGGUGGAGUUUGCGCCACAUGUCAGUCCCAUAUGCUUGCCACAAACGGAGAGUUUAUUGAUUGGCAUGAAUGCCACGGUGACCGGUUGGGGACGUCUCAGUGAAGGCGGCACGCUGGCGUCGGUACUGCAAGAGGUGUCUGUGCCGAUUGUGAGUAACGGCAUUUGUGAGUCAAUGUUUGCGCGUGCCGGUCGUCAAGAGUCGAUACCGGAUAUUUUCGUGUGUGCGGGCUAUGAGAAUGGUGGGCAUGAUUCGUGUCAGGGCGAUUCCGGUGGACCGCUGCAGGUGAAAUCCGCAGAUGGCCGCUUUUUCUUGGCGGGCAUCAUCUCGUGGGGCAUUGGCUGUGCUGAGGCGAAUUUACCAGGUGUGUGCACGCGCAUCUCACGCUUUGUGCCCUGGAUCAUGGAGAAUGUGUCGUGAUGGGCAUGGCAUAUGAGACGAGGCCGGCAUGCAAUCGUUUUAAAUUCGACUGUAAAUAGUUUAGGAUUUAUUUUUAUUUAAUUUAAUUUUUUGUUUUGCAAUAUGUUAGGCACAGUGUUCGAUUGAAGAGUACUUUGUGCUCUCAUCUGUUUCCUAUGAUAAGCAUGUUUUCUUAUUUCUAAUUUAUUUCCCUAUUUUCAAAACAAAAACGAAAACAAAAAAUUAUGAAAUUAUAUAUUGUUAAAUACUAAUUUAUAUAAAUUAUGUGAUUUAUAUUUAUGAAAGUAGUUAGUCGCAAUUAAAAAGUGAAUUAAUUA